UCAAGAGAUCAAAACAAAUCUCCUUCUUCUCCCCCCCCCCCCCUCCUCUCUCAUCCAAACCACAUACCUCGGGGCCCUUCACGGCGGUCUCAAACCCUAAACUCCUCCCGAACUAACCAUCUCUCCCCCUAAACCCUACCAUGUUUCGAGAAACCCUCGCUCCUUCUCCGUCCUAAUCCUCCCCCGCUUCGAACCUGACUCCCUCUUUCCAAUCGCUAGCGUGGGAGCGAACGCUUGGUGUGGUCUCCUUCCCUUCCCUCCACCACUGCCGCUGCUCUGGCCUCCGGAUCCGGUCGGAGCUGCUCGAUCUGGGAGAAUGGACGCGCGGGAGCCGUCGGUCUCGCCGGCAGCGGGAGGCAAGGAUGGGCUUGCGAACGAGGAGGGACCGCUCUCUGACGCGGAGGUGCUGGCCAAGGAGGCCGCCGUCCUGUUCCAGAGCCGGCGCUUUUCCGAGUGUAUCGAUGUCUUGAACCAACUCUUGCAGAAGAAAGGCGAUGAUCCGAAGGUUCUUCAUAACAUUGCUGUUGCAGAAUACUUCCAUGAUGGUUGUUCUGAUCCAGCGAAGCUGCUUGAUGUGCUCAACAAGGUUAAGAAGAGAAGUGAAGACCUUGCUCAUGCUUCUGUAGAGCGGAUGGAAGUUGGAAGCAAUAUCGAUAGCAAUACAGCCUCAGGAUCUAAAGUGAAUAAUACUAUGCUACUACAAGUUUCUGCCCCAAAUACCGGCAACAUUAGUUAUCCAGAUGAAUAUGACACUUCUGUUGUAACGCUGAACAUCGCAGUCAUUCUCUACCAUCUUCAUGAAUAUGCACUCGCGUUAUCAGUUCUAGAACCAUUAUAUCAAAAUAUAGAACCUAUUAAUGAGGCAACAGCUCUUCAUGUAUGCCUUCUCUUAUUGGAUGUUGCAUUAGCUUGCCAAGAUGCAUCAAAAGCUGCAGAUGUAAUUCAGUAUCUUGAAAAAUCUUUUGGUGCUGGGCACAUGAUAAACCAAGUUGAUAACGGAAGCAUUGCUCAACAUCAUUCUAACCAAGGAUUGAAAGUUUCUGCAACAAGCAAUACAACUGUGCCAGAUGCCUCUGGUUCAGAUUCAAGUGGUGGUACAAACGUUCCUGAUAAUGCUUUGACAAGAACUUUAUCAGAUGACGCGCUGGAAUAUGAAACCUUGUUUUCAACACUGGAUACUGGAAGUCAAAAUUUUGGUAGGCCUGCCUCAAGUGAUUGUUCAAAUUCAUCAGUUGAUCAAGCUGCUACCGCCAUUGAUCUGAAACUAAAUUUGCAUCUUUACAAGGUGCGGCUACUGCUUCUUACUAGGAACCUGAAGGCUGCAAAGCGUGAAGUUAAGCUUGCUAUGAAUGUUGCGCGAUGCAGAGAUUCAUCCACAGCACUCCUUUUGAAGGCUCAGUUAGAAUAUGCUCGUGGUAACCAUCGAAAAGCGAUAAAACUCUUGAUGACAUCAGGUAACAGGACAGAAGCAGGAGCUCUUAGUAUGUUCAACAAUCUUGGGUGUAUAUAUCACCAAUUUGGAAAACACAACAUUUCAACUCUGUCCUUUUCUAGGGCACUGAAAAGCAGUAUGUUACUUCAUUCUGAGAAGCCUCUGAAGCUUUCUACCUUUUCACAGGAUAAGUCUCUUGUUAUUAUAUACAACUGUGGGCUGCAGUAUCUGGCUUGUGGAAAACCAUUGGCUGCAGCUCAUUGUUUCAAUAAAGCAAGGUCAAUUUUUUUCAACAGACCCCUUCUGUGGCUCCGGCUUGCUGAAUGUUGCCUUUCAGCUUUAGAGAAGGGGCUUUUGCAACCUAGCAGUGCUUCAUCAUCGGGUGGUGAGGAAGUUAAAGUUCAUGUUGUUGGUAUAGGCAGAUGGAGACAACUAGUCAUUGAUGAUAAAAACCUGAAAUAUAGGUGUUUAGAUGGUUCAGGAGAUGGUGUGAUCAGUCCUGAUGGUCCGUGCAGGCUGUCACUUCCAUUUGCCCGACAGUGUCUUCUUAAAGCUCUGCAUUUAUUAAACAAUUUUGAAUUGACAAAAGCCAGUGCUAACUCUGAAAAGGAAGAUGAUAGCAACCAGACAAUCUCCUUAGGUGGCAAGAACUUGAGCAACAAGAAUUCAUUGGCUGGAGAUUCAAAGACCUCUAAUGCAACAUCAGCUUCUACACCUGCUGGUGCAAAUGAUGAUUCUAAGGAAGUUAAAGGAGGUAUGAGCUCGAACUCAACCUUGCAGAGUUCUGUCUCUGCAUAUGAGGACACAUGCAAGAAAGUAAACAACUUGAUAAAGCAGGCUGUUCUUGGAGACUUAGCUUAUGUGGAGUUGAGCCUUGAAAAUCCUUUGAAAGCAUUAGCUGCUGCACAAGCACUUCAGCAGUUGCCAGACUGCUCUAGGAUUUACAAUUUUCUAAGUCAUGUUUAUGCUGCUGAAGCACUUUGCCAUCUGAACCGACCUAAAGAAGCUGCUGGACAUUUAUCGAUCUAUAUUUCAGAUAAGAAUGAAGUUCAGUUGCCGUACAGUGAUGAAGACAGAGACAAAUGGAGGAUAGAGAAAGGUGGGGAUGGUGAGGAGGUAAAUGGUCGUUUGAAUGCAAAAACUUGUUCAGAAGAGCCCCAAGGUAUGGUGUUCCUGAAGCCUGAAGAGGCUCGUGGAGCUCUUUAUGUAAAUCUUGCCACUAUGUCUAUAAUUCAAGGGGAUCAUGAGCAGGCUAGCCAGUUUCUGCGGGAAGCUGUGUCUCUACUGCCUAACAAUCCGACAGCUACUCUUGCAGCCAUUUAUGUUGAUAUCCUACUAGGGAGAAUACAGGAUGCUCGUGUCAAAUUGAAACAGUCAAGACAUGUUAGAUUCUUACCUGGUGGUGUAAAACUUAGCAGUACAUGUUGAUUGUACCAAUGAUGUUCCAACCCUAAGGAAAUUUUAUCAAGAGGAGAAUAUUGGAGCUAUUUGUACCAUACGUACAGUUGAUCAUAGAAUAAGUGUUUUCCAUUAUUUUAGGUAUUGGUGGCACUGCACAUUGUUUUAAUAUGCAGGCAUCCGCCUUUUUAGUUUGAGAUGUUGUUUAGAUUCAAGCAAAGAGAGAUGAGUUCCUCUGGAAAAGCUUUGGAAAAUUCAUUAAUUCAGGAAAGAAAAUGCAGAAUAUUUCUUCUUACUUGCAACACUCCCUGAUUUCAUUUUUGUGGUUACAGGAAUUUCGUUAUGGCCACUGACAUCUUGUUCUGAUGCUUUUGUUAAGGUUAUCAUACUUGUAUUGCAGCCAUGGAGCUUGCUGAUCUGAAUGCUAUGUUCAUGGCAAAUGAAAGACGAUUCUUCAUCCCA